AUGAGUGAAGGUAAAACCUUACAAGCUAUCAAAUUUGAUAGAGACAAUGUUAAAUUAGAAAUACUAGAUCAAUUGGUAUUGCCAUAUACGACUCAUUAUAUUCAAAUCAAUUCAAUUGAUGAUGCAUAUAAAGCUAUAAAAUCAAUGCAAGUACGAGGAGCUCCAGCUAUUGCAAUUGUUGGUGCUUUUGCAGUUGUUGUUGAUAUUUAUAAUCAUUUGAAGGAUUCACAAACAGUGGGAGAUCUUCAGGAGUCAUUAAAUCAUCUUGUCAAAUCUCGUCCUACGGCGGUCAAUUUGAAAAAUGCAAUUGAUGAUAUAAGGAAAAUUUUAACUGACUAUGAUACUUCAGACAAGAUUGAUGAGAAAAUAUUUAAACAAAUCUUUGAUUAUUCCACUAAAUUAUAUGAUGAUGAUUUAGCAAAUAAUUUGAAGAUAGGUGAAAAUGGUUUAAAUUACAUUAAGAAAUCAUUAGAAGAGGAAAAUUUUGAAGGACCAUUUUCAAUUGUUACUAUAUGUAACACUGGUUCAUUGGCAACUUCAGGACAUGGAACAGCAUUAGGAAUAAUCAGAUCUACUUAUCAAGCUUUAGCAAAAGACAAAACAAAUGAGAAAUUUUAUUUAGAUAAUAUUUAUCCAUUAGAAACUAGACCUUAUAAUCAAGGAGCUAAAUUGACUACAUAUGAAUUAGAAUAUGAAAAAAUCCCAUCUAUUUUAAUUUGUGACAAUAUGGUAUCUUCUUUAAUUGAACAUUUGAAUGUAGGUAAAGAUGUCCAUGAAAAAACAUCACCUGUAAAAUUCAUAAUUGUUGGAGCAGAUAGAAUAGUUAAAAAUGGUGAUACAGCAAAUAAAAUUGGUACUUUUCAAUUAUCAACAAUUGCAAAUUAUUUCAAUACAAACAAGUCCACAAAUAUUAAAUUCAUAGUAGCUGCACCAAGAACUACAAUAGAUUUAGAAACAGUUCAUGGAGAAGAUAUUAGAAUAGAAGAAAGACCAAGAAAUGAAUUAACUACAUUAGUAGGACCAAUUUUAAAUGGUUCAGAAGUUGGUGAAAAAAUUACAGUAGGAAUUGCAACUCCAGGAAUUCAAGUUUGGAAUCCGGCUUUUGAUGUAACUCCUCAUCAAUUAAUUGAUGCUAUUAUUACAGAAAAUCCAAAACCUUACAUUAAAAAUCAUGAUGGUGAAUUUGACUUAUCAAAUUAG